AUGGAGAGGUUUCUUCAUGCUGGGCGUUUUUCAAUAGCUUCAAUUUACGCUCCAAUUUCUUUUCCUUCUCUUCCUCUAAUUGCUUUGAAGAGUGAGAGAGAUGAUUCCAUCCCUACAGUUGCUGCUGUUGGUUCCUUGAAAAGUAUAGAUCCUGAUAGGAUUAUCCUUACGAAAAUUAUUUUAUCUGGUUACCCUCAACGUGUAUCUAAAAAGAAAGCAACUGUAAGAUACAUGUUUCAUAAUCCAGAGGACAUGAGAUGGUUCAAGGUAAGAACUGCUAACACUUCACCGAUUGAAGUUUGGACCAAGUGUGGGCGCCGUGGUCGUAUUAAAGAACCUAUUGGGACACAUGGGGCAAUGAAAUGUGUUUUCAACGGGUUCCUUCAGCAGCACGACACAGUCUGCUUGAGUUUAUACAAGCGCACGUAUCCGAAGUGGCCACAAUAUUGGUUCCCACUUCCAAGUACUUAA